CUGUGCGCACUACUAUUUCACACAGAGCGCCUUUGGCAGAACUUCAAAGAAUCGUGGACGCCAUCCAUUACUUGGAAAGAGAGGAAAGAACUUAUCAGAAGUGCAAUUGUUUACUGGAGACGUUAACUGCAGGACUCCUCGUGGGUUCACCGCUGUGUCUGAUGGGCUUCCCUUGUCCGCGGCUCACACCAGGAAGUGAGCAGGUGAGACGCACCUGUUCUGAACGCAAACUGAAACUCUGAUGGCAUAAUAUCUUAUGGCUGGCAAACACGUCGGAUAGCUGUAUGAUAUGCCAAAACGCAAUUAUUCCACACAGCAAUUCGCAGAUUAAAAAGAAGAAAUGGAUUUAGACCUGAACUGGACUCGAAAGCCGGAUUACGUGUUGCGCUUUUGAACGAUCCCCUCCGGGAACUACACAGGUGGGACGGGUUCCUUCACACAACUCUUCACACGAGUUUCGGACACUGUUAUGGGGAAUCAAGUGGAGAAACUUACCCAUUUGAAUUACAAUGAAUUACCUACCACUGACCCUAAUGGAUUCGACAUAGAUGACGACACUCCACGGAUCGGCGUGUCUUAUAUUUUCUCUGCUGACGACGACGAGCAGGAGGACAACCUCGAUGAGACAGAAAAGGAAGAUGUUAAACAUUACGACUGCCGCAAUGAAUUAGAAUGCGCGGUAUAUUAUCGCAACGAGUGCAUAUAUGACAGGAAUAGCAGGUUCGGUGAAGUGGGAACCCUGUCGUGGGAGAACUUGGCGAAUAAAUGCAAACCCGGUGACCUGGUGGAGUUUGUGGCUAUCGGUCAGUACCCGCACUGGGCCAUUUGUGUUGACGACCAACAGGUGGUUCAUUUGCACAGAAACGAGAUUAAAUGCGACUUUAUUUUCGAUGCCAGUCAAGGCAAAAGAGGCAGAGUUGUGAACGAGCUGUAUAAGUUUAGCGCGCUGAGCCCGGAUGUUGUGGUGCAGACUGCCAUGGAGCAGGUGGGGACGAAAGAGCGAGACAUUUGCUGGAAGAACUCUGAAUGCUUCGCUGCCUGGUGCAGGUUUGGCAAACGCGAGUUUAAAAGUGGAGGCGAGAUACGAAUCGGGAAGCAGCCGUACAAGAUGAAAAUGCAGCUGUCGGAGAAGAAAAGUCACGUUUUGGACUUUCAAAGUUUAGAGGACUUGAUCAUGGAAAAGAGGAGAAACGACCAAAUGGGAAGGGAAGCCGUUAUUCAGGAACUGGAGAAUCAUUUAAAUUGCACAGAAGACACUGAGAAUGAUCACAGUUGUAACUGAUGAUGGAUCAUAGAGGGCUCAUCAUGGAGGAUACGGGCUUUAUUUGUAAUCACCUCAAGCACAGGGGCAGUGUUGCAAUUUCAUCAGCUUCUCAAGAGAGUUUUCCGUCAGCAGCACUUUUAUAAAUUGGACUGCUUCAGCUUGUUUGCAAUGAUAAUCCUGGUGUGUUUUUUUAUCUUUGACUCACUUUGCUGUGUUCACAUCCAAGGGAAUGUUUUAUGAAAGUCUUUCCGCAUCACCUUCUAAUGAUCAUAGUAUUUUCUUUUGAGGACUGGCAAAGUAUGUAUUCCCUUGACCCAUUAUUUCAAUAGAGUCUGAGUAUUUUUUCUUAAGUACUGUUUUGUUCUUCAUUGGAUUGUGAUAUAAUCAAUAUGACAUUUUGUUGUUUAGCUUCAGUUGUCUCUCAACAAGUACUGUAUAAACAAGCCUAUAUUUUUGCUACUGAACUCACUAUAUUCAAGUGUUAUUCUUGCAUGCAGAGAAGAUAAUUUCAUUCAGCUUUCAAUUCAGAUCAACUCUUCUGUUUGGUUUGAUUGAUGGAAUAUUAUCCAUAUUCCUGAUUUCAUCAUAUUUAUUUAAUGAACAUCCAAACAUUUCAUGAUGAAAAACACCAAAGGGAAAAAUGUAACACUCAUUUAUGAAUAUGUUUGAAAUUGCUUAAGUAAUAAGAAGGCAUUUAAAAUGUUCAGAGUAACGGAAUUCUUUAUAUACAUACGUUUAUAUAUAUAUUGUUUUCCCUGAUGUUCAUGAUUAUAUUUUACUUAUAUCUUUUUGAAUGAUGCCAUAACAGCAUAGACAGGAUUGUACUAUAGAGUUAGUAUGAGAAAACUGAAAACUGACCAACAAGUUUUGGGUAAGCUGAAAGUCAUCUAAUCUUUUCAGAUUUGUUCAUAAAGCAUAUAUUUGCCUUUUG